GUUUUAUGCGAUUGAUGUCACUAAUGUGACUAAUAAUGUUUUGAACUUUUUGUAAAAUGCGGGGGUCGGUUACACAGUAUGGCUUUUGCUGCGAUUUUGUAAACGCAUUAAUGCAAUAAUUGCUGAAAUGAGACAAAAUUGCACAUUGUAAAUCAUUUCUAUGUUCGUGAGUUGGUCAGCUGAUGAUUUUAUUGGGAUCAUCUCAUACAUUGACAAGUUAUAAUCUUACGUUAUAUUCUUAUUAUAAUCUCCAACGUUAAGCGUCCUAAUGUUUACAAAUUUGUGGGAGACCUGUUAAAAAUGUCCAAGCUUUUAAAUUUGGUUAUACUAAUUUACUCUACUGCUGUUGUGCCUUUGCCAAGCAGACACAUAUUUGCAUUUGUAUUUGUUAGUGUUAAUAAUACAGCUGGUACUCUGUGCCAGUUUCCUGGAGUAAUCAGUUCUGUGGCUAACCACCAAGCAGUGUGAGUUUGUGAAUAAAACAGUCUGUAUAAGAUUUCGCUGAGGUUUUUUUUGUUGUUUUUUUUUUUCGAUCGUUGCAGCCCAAAAUGCUUGAUUUUGCCGUGGCUUUUUUUUUUUUUCCCAAAAUUUGUGAUGCAACUUGCAGAGAUUUUUGUGAGAAUGAGACCUUUUCGCUGUACUCAUGUCUGAUGCACAUGAAUCGAAGAGGGCUUUGGCUGAAUGUGUGUUGUGAUGAUGUCAUACGCAUCUUGGUGCAAAUCUGCGGAAAAUCUGCAGUAAUUUUGAAAAAUUGCAAACUCCUCCAAAUAUUGCGGAGUUUGCUUGAUUUUGCGUUCAUUACUGCGAUCGCGAAAUCGUGAAAUUCUGGAGGGACUGAUAAGAGAACAAGUGUUUGGUUUUUAUGAUGCUUUGUGGUCAAGCAACUUCCUCACCACCACAUUACUUUUUACAUUGAAAUACUUUCACAAACAUUUGAGCUACUUCCUAGCUUACUUAUUUUUAGCUACUUCCACUUUUCACCUAAGUAGCCUAUAAUGUCUCUGUGCAGAGAUUCAAGCUAUAAAAGCAAGUUAUUCCAUAUGUAAUCAUUUCCUUAAAUGACUACUACUUCUUUUUGACUGUUUUGUCAAACCGUAAAUAGUUUGUUUGUGGUGCGAUGAUCAAAGAAUUUUUCUUUCUAUAAGUAAUAAAAUUCUUUUCUCUUUUAUGUGUCUUCAGAAAAUCUUCCUACUUCAUGAAACACGUUUUGAUAUGCAAAUGUACGUAGCUAUGUUUCCAUCCAAGUUGCGAAUUUAACUUAUGCAAAAAAUUUGAAUAUCGCAUAAAACAUUUGGGAAUAAAAUGUUUCCAUCCCACGUGUUCAAGAGCACAAAAUCGUCACUUGCGGGGAAACUCGCUCAUCUCGCUCUCCGCCACUUUUACUUUUCUGAAACCAUUUUCUAAUCACAUGAUUUGUUCACGCACAACUUCAGUCUGACGACUUUUUUUUUGAUGCGCAACGAGGAAUUUAUUCAGUAAACGUGUUUCCAUCAUAGUUUAUGAGCAUGUCUUCUCAUCGAAUAAAAUUUUUAUAUCCACCCCAGUUGAGCGCAUACGUUGUUUAUUUGCACGUUGGAUAUUUUAUUCGCAUCAGAUGUUUCUAUAUAGAUUUUUCUUUUUAGUUUUUUUUUUUUUUAAUGCGGUAUCCCAAAAUGCGCAGAAAAAUACGUGGAUGUAAACACAGCUUGUGACGAUUGAAUAAAUAUGCAAAUGACACUGUUGCAUCAUCCGGUGACGUUCUGAACAUGCAUUAGGUACUUCCCCCUGAUAAAGACUUGCCAGCACUGAUGAGGAGUGUUUUCUUCUUCUUCUUCUUCUUCUUCUUCACUGAAAACAAAGCAAACAUAUCAUAGCAUACAAUAGUACAAAACAAAGUGUGGCAUUAAUUGGUAACAGUGGAUCUGGAAAUUAUAUUAUAAUAUUUUAAACAUAUUAAUGACACUUUUCUUUCUUUUCUUUUUUUUUUUUUAAAAAACAAUUUCAGAGAACAUAUAAAACAAUCAAAAAUUCCAAUAUAAACACCCUAAAGAUUGGGGAUAAAUAAACAUACUUUUGUUUAUGUAUAUAAAAUUUUGCCAUUAGUAUAAAUAAAUGAACACUGUAUUCAGGACCUUUGUUAACAAUGCUUUGAUAAUACACAAUGAUAUCCUUUAAUGUAAAAUAGUAUUUAAGCUUUACUAAAUGAAAUCUCAUGAGGAGGGUUAGUAAAUCGUCUGCAUGGCCCUUUAAAGCCCAGGUCCUGCCUCCUGUUGUUCCUCUGUUCCUCAGGGACUCAGUUUACCUGUCGGCAGGUACAGGACGGAAACUUGUUUUGGACCAGAGCAAAUAUGAGGCGAAAUAGGUGUUUUAUAUCCUUCAAAAAUCACUCACACACUGGGAUAUAAGAAGCAGAAAAGUAGCUUUGUGCUGAAACUCUUGGAUGAAGAGGAUGUCGGGAGGAGGGAGCGCGAGCCCCACGAAGACGCAGCUGGUGAGCGCGAUUCAGCUGCAGGAGCGCGAGGAGGAGGAGCGCGAGACUGCUGCUGCUGCUGCUAAACCUGUCCCUAAACCUGUCCGAAAACCUGUCGAGGAAGCCAAUGAUCAGAAAUAUUACAGCGUGGAGGAAGCUGUGGAAAGCAUCGGCUUCGGGCGCUUUCACAUACUACUCUUUGUUAUUAUGGGCAGUGCCAAUAUUGUAGAGGCGAUGGAGAUCAUGUUGUUGGCUGUGGUGUCUCCUGAGAUCAGAUGUGAGUGGCAUCUGGAGGAUUGGCAGGUGGCCCUGGUCUCCACGAUGGUGUUCCUGGGCUUCAUGUUAUGCGGGGUCCUGUGUGGAUAUGUGGCGGAUACAUACGGCCGCUGGAAGGUGGUGUUCGGGGGCUUCGUGUGGGCCGCAUAUUUCUCUGCGCUCACGUCAUUCGCACCAUCCUACGGCUGGUUUAUUUUCCUGCGCAGCAUGGUGGGCUGUGGAGUAGCAGCCACGUCACAAGGGUUUGUUCUGAAGACGGAAUUCAUUCCUGCUAAAUACCGAGGCUCUCUGCUGCCCCUGGCCUCCAUUUUCUGGAUGCUGGGAUCGUUGCUCAUCAUCGUUCUGGGGAUGACUGUGGUGCCCACGAUGGGUUGGCGCUGGAUGAUCCGCUUCUCCAUCAUCCCCAGCGUUGUACUACUCGUCCUCUUCCAGUUUAUCCCUGAGUCAGCGAGGUUCCAGGUCUCGGCAGGGAAUGUAAAAGGAGCUGUUGCCACUUUAAAAUGGAUCGCUAAGAUGAAUGGAGUGAGCUUGCCUGAGGGGGAACUACGGGAACCUAUAGUGACAGAGAGAGGAAAUGCUGCCACUCUGGUUAGUCGAGCUUUCCUUAGGACAUCUCUGCUGUUGUGGUAUUCAUGGUUUGUGGCGUCUUUCUCCUAUUACGGCUCUGUGCUGGGCAGCUCCGAGCUCCUGGAGAAGAACCUGCUCUGUGUGACCGACGCCGACGCAGAACACGACAUCAAACACAACCAGGACACGACGCUGUGUUACUGCAUCCCAUUCAACAUGGCCGACUACCAGACCCUCCUCAUCAGCUGCCUGGGAGAGGUGGCACUGAUCCCACUGAACAUCGGCCUGUUGCACGUCAUGGGCCGAAAGUUCAGCAUGGUCGUCCUGCAGGUCCUCUCGGCCAUCUUCUUCAUGCUGAUGAAUAUCUGCACCACCAUGUUUGGUUUCACAGUGUUGCUCUUCCUGCUGCGUUCACUGGUCUCCAUGAAUUUUAAUGUGGUUUAUAUUUAUACUGCAGAGGUUUACCCUACAGCAGUGCGCUCUAUAGGAAUGGGCUUCUGUACUUCAUUCAGCCGAAUCGGUGGGAUGAUUGCACCCUUUGUAGCACAGGUGUUGAUGUCUAAGUCUGUGCUGUUAGCGUUGUCUCCGUUUGCUCUGGCAUGCUGUCUGUGCGCUAUCGGGACUGUCCUGUUACCCAUCGAGACCAGAGGACGAGCGUUACUGCAAAAUGAAUAAUGCACACCUGCUCAUGAAGAAACUAAGACUAUAUUCUAACUAUGUAUUUUUUUCUUUGUUAGUUUAUAAAUUGAUUAAAUUUGGAUCACAAAACCGUUGUGUAGAAUUGUGUAUUUCCUUAAAAAUCUUUAAUACAAACCCUGCAAAGGUUACAUCUUAUACUUUACAGUAAACUAAAAAUAUAAAUAAAUUCAUCAAAUAUUUCUCAUUGCUAGACUUUUAUAAAAUAAUAAUAGAAUGAUUAAUUACUUUAAUUCCCAAAACUGCAGGACCUGUCAGCAGGUCCAGCCUUUCCUUAUGCUUCUAGCACCAUACAUUUCAUAAAAGUACAUAACAUAUAAAGUAGUUACUGAAUAAUAUAUUUUAAUCCUAGUCAAAAAAUAAAUGCGCUUGAUUGUAUUUAAAAUAUACGAGUAAGUAUGCUAUAAAUAUACUGAGGAAUGUGUGUACUAUGCUAAAACAUGCUACAAAUGUAUUAUUCAUCUCAAAUGCAUGAAUUUUACUUUAAAUAAACAAUGGGUUAUAGUACAUUUUUUAAAAAAAAUUUAAAAAAACAUCUACCCUUCACACAGUUUCACACCAAAGAGCAAUUUAGAGCGAGCUACAAUAUUGUGUAUUCAUAUUUUUAAUAUCAAAGAAAGUAAUGUUAGUAUUCUGCCUUUUUUUUGUGAACUAAUGUUUGUCGGCUAAAACAAUUCAUUAAUGCACAGAGUUGUGAAAAAGUACUGUGUGAAAAGUGAUUUUUUUCUGUUUUUGUAUAUAUCUCAUACUAAAUUGUUCUAGAUCUUCAAAUGAAAUACAACAUAAAACAAAUGCAUCCUCAAUAAACACACAGUAGUUUUUAAUAGUUAUUUAUUUAUUCAUUUAUUUUAUUAAAGAAGAAAAAAAAUUAUCCAACACUUAUCACCCAUGCGAAAAACAUAUUUGUCCCCUUAAACCCCUUAAACAACCUAAAAAUCUGGCUGUGCCACCUUUAGCAGCAACAACUACAACCAAAUACUUCUGAUAACUGGAGAUCAGUCUUUCACAGCGCUGUGGGGG